UUUUUGAAAUUGGCUUCCAUAGGGGUACUAUAUAAUCACUUCGAUUCGACUCUGCGUUAGUGGCAUCGAGUUACACCACUAUCCACAAGAUGAAGUUCAAAUCGAUUACUACUAUCCUUAUCCUCGCUGCAACAGCUGGGCCCGUAGUCGCAGGCCUAAUCGCAUAUGCUAUCUGUCAAACUGCUGUCUCCACUUUUUUUAGCAGGCUGCAACGGAAUCGCUGUUGCGUGCUACUCUGCAGCCGGAUUUACAUUCGGCGUCGCAUUGCCUGCGGCCCCUCCCGUCAUUAUAGCUUGCAAUGCAGCCCUUGGGGCAUGUAUGGCAGCUUGCGCUGCAAUCGCGCUUGGACCCACUCCCUGAGUGAGUCCAUUCGUGAAUGCGGCGAAAAGAACAAACAUGUUCAAGGCUUGUAACGUAUUCUUUGUGGCACUAGUGUAUCAUUUUCAUCUCGUAGCUGUCGGUUUUUUGAAGUCGUUCUAUUAUUCAUGUAUUGUAUGGUUUGUAUUCGGAUCUUCGACUGUACAAAGUACUUCUAUCUUACAUGCUGUCGUUCUAAC